UGAAAUUUCAAAAAUCUCAACAACAAAAAAAAACAGACAGAAAUCAUGAAAGCCAAAGCAAAAGAUAAGUGUUGUGUUACAAUAAAGAAUGGGAGAAAAGGAAAGAAGCACGUUGUGAAGUCACAAACUGAACCAAAAAGCACUUCUUCACUGUUAACAUCACAAAUGAAAAUUCUUUGCUCUCUUCCUCCAUCUCUUUCAUAUUUUCACUUUUCUUUGUUCAUGCAAGAUCCAAAGAACGAUUCAAACACAAGAUGCAGGAAGCCAUGGUAUCAAAGAGCAAUAGAUGUGACAAGUUUAUGGAAAAUAAUUUCAAAAUCAACACAAAUUUCAUCAUCAAAUAACUCAUCAAGUUUAUGGAAAACAAUUCCGAAACCGCCGCAAGGUCCUACAACAAGUCCUAGCAAUAAGGCCAAGCUAAGAAAAUGCAAAUCUCUAAAGGUAGCAACAUCUUUCACUAGGGUUUGUUUAUGUGCUCCUAUUUAUUCAUACAAUGAGAUUUUGAGAAAUGAGGUUCCCCCUAGAAGAAGUAAUAGUUAUCCUCGAUCGUCGUCGAAACCGUUGCAAAAUGGAUCCAUUGAAAGAAUUCAUAGUGCUAGGGUUAGCAUGGAGGGGUCAAGAAGAGUUUUUAGAGGUAAAUCAUUGAAUGAUGAUGUUUUGAUGAGAAGGUUUGUGAUUGAGGAAGAAGCUAUGAUGCAAAUUAGAAGAAGAAAUCAAAUGGAAGUUAUUAGGAAAAGGAGUAUGAUGAGAAGAAAAAAGAUUGGGCCUAGUCCUCUUAGUAGAAUGGUUAUGGCUAAUGAUUUUAUUGAUUAGUCUAAAUCUUGUAAUGUUUAAUCCAUAAUUGGUGAUUUUGUGAUUCAUCUUUUUUUUUGUUUUUUUUUGGACUCUCUCUUCUUUUGAAGUCCAUCUUGUUUGAUGAGGUUUUUCAUCUUAUAAUCUGUGGCCUUGGGGCUAGGCCCAACAAGUUAUAUUUUAUGGCCCAAUUUUAAGUGGUUUUGAUUUAAUGGUUAUGGUUAUGUAUGUAUAGUAUAGCAUCACAAUGUUAAUUUCAUUUUUCUAUAUUCUUUUCCUUCUAUUUUUACAUAAAGAAAGUUAUGCAUUUCAAUUUCA